CAAGCACAGGCAGGCGGCGGCAUCAGGCAUGUCUCACGUCACUGUGGAUCAAAGUUAGCUGAUCUUCUGUAGCAUUAGGAGAAUGUCAAUGGAUAUGACCUUCCUGGGAACCGGUUCGGCAUAUCCGUCUCCUCACCGCGGCGCCUCGGCCCUGGUGCUGCGGACGGAUGGGGAGUGCUGGCUGUUUGACUGCGGAGAGGGGACCCAGACCCAGCUGAUGAAGAGCCAGCUCAGAGCUGGACGCAUCACCAAGGUCUUCAUUUCCCACCUGCAUGGAGAUCACCUGUUCGGCUUGCCUGGACUUCUUUGCACCGUGAGCCUCAACACCAACCCAGACGUCCACCAGAGCCUGAAGUGUGUGGACAUCUACGGGCCCCGGGGUCUCAGAAAGUUUCUCAGGGUGACUCUUGGCCUCACUGGAUCACAGCUGCUCUUCCCAUAUGCAGUUCAUGAGCUGGAACCCACUCCAGACCAGUGUCCAGAGGAGGGACAGCUCAGCAUAGAGAUGGUUGAAGAGAGCAGUCCUCCUCAUCCACAGGAGCAGCCUGGCAGGACUAUCCCCCUGGACAACUCUACUGAUAGUUACCUCCUUUUCCAAGACAACAAGUUUGUUGUGAAGGCUUUCAGGCUUUACCACCGCAUCCCUUCCUUCGGCUUCUGCAUCCAGGAACACGAUCGUCCCGGAAAACUGAAGACAGAACUACUGAAGGAGCUUGGUGUUAAACCCGGACCAGUGUACGGCCGUCUCAAAGCUGGCGAAUCUGUGGUUCUUGAAAAUGGACGCUUGCUGCUUCCCAGCGAGGUUCUGGAAGCCAAUAUUCCUGGGAGGAAAAUCUGUGUUUUAGGUGACUGUAGCUCGGUUCUUGGUGUAGGAGCUUGCCGGCUUUGCAAUGGGGCGGACGUUCUGGUUCACGAGGCCACCCUCGGGAAUGAGCACCAGGAGAAAGCUGUAGAGCACGGACACAGCACGCCUCAGAUGGCAGCAGCUGUGGCUCGGGCCUGCUGUGCACAGAGGCUGGUCCUUUACCAUUUCAGUCAGCGCUACAAACCCAGUUCCUUACAGAAGGAGGGAGAUGAGGACGACGUCUCAGAGCUCAAGAACCAGGCUGAGCAGGCUUUACUGGACAGUGGUGUAGAGGUGACUCUGGCUGAGGACUUUAUGACUAUUCCUAUUCCCCUUAGAAAACCUCCAGCCAUUAAAGUUUGAGUUGAUCUAAGCGGAUACCAUUUAGCUAAUUUUUGUAAUUUAGUCAUCACUCUUCAUUGAGUUGUUCACCAUGACAAUGUUUUCCAUUGGUACAUAUCUACAUAUGCCCAGACAUACAAUCUGUUUUCAUAUGAUUAAAUUAUUCAAGUAUAAUAAGUAAAGACAAAUAAGCAUUAGGUUUUCUCUCUCCCACAUCAUUAAUUAUCACUAGAGAUCUGAUUCUAAUGCUUUGAUGUAUUGAUAUUUCAUCUGGUUCCGAUUCUCCUGUAGACCUAGAACCAGCAGAUAAUAGCCAGAGGCAACCUUUUCAAUAAGACUUUUUGAGUGGAAAGUUAUUCAUUUAAUUGUUUUAGAUGGAAAACUCGUUAUCUGUCUGAUGCUAUGAAUCCAAAAACA